AAACAAAUCUAUUUACUAGUGGGUAUUUUGCAACAUCUAUGAUGCGAAUUGAACAGUUUCAGUUUAGAGCUCGUUGUGAGCACAAUAGAGAUGUGGAGCAAAACUAAGAGUAUUCAAAUAAUUUGGGCUUUGCUGCUGAUACAGUUAGUUGCUGCCGGUACUACAAGACACGGUACGAGAUCAGAAGACCCAGCAGAUCACAGCACAAGUGACAAUGUGGAUGCCGAUGGCUACCAAACAUUCACGCGACAAGGUGUAACACUGCACAUAAAGCCUCAUUCGAGGACCAUACAAAUUGGUGGUGACAAUGCCAGCCCUGAGCAACUAUUGGAGCAAGCCAGGCAAGCAAAACAACUGGAUAUACUCGCUGUGCGCCAGCUGCUAAAUACGCGACAUCCCGUGAAGCGUACAACCUUCGAAAAUGGACAUAAGCAGACGAGCACAUACACGCUGGAAUCGGAUGGCAGCAUCUUAUGCAAGAUAGUGGAAGAUAUUGAUAUGGCCGAUGUGGAUCGGCGAUUUGAAGAUAUUUUCAAACAACAACGGGAAAAACAAGCUAAAGAGCAACCGAAUAAACUCAAUGAUUGGGAAUGGUCCGAUGACUAUGAUGAACCCGCGCCAAGUGUUUUCAAAGCGCCGCUGCAGCCGUUUCCCGCAGGUCAACCGUAUGUGCCAACGCCACCGCAAUCACCACAACCAGCAGAGCAACAACCAAGUUUUUACAAACCAACACGUUUAGAGCCAGCAUGGCCCGCGUCCGAUCGCGUGCCGACGCCACCGCAAUCACGACAACCAGCAGAGCAGCAGCCAAAUGUUUACAAACCAACAAGAUUACAGCCAGCAUGGCCGGCACCCGAUGAAGACGAUCCUUUCAAUCCACCAGGAUUGCCAGUAUUUAACAAUUUUGCCGAUGAUAAAGAUGAUUUGGAUACGUACGAUAAGCCCGCCUCGACACCUGUUGGGAAAACAAACACUAUUACGAAAACAAACACCGACAAAGAUGGCAAUAAAGUUUAUACGAGUACAACCUUAAUGACCGCACCAAAUGAGUGGAAUCGUAAAACUGUAAAAAUAUCGACGAACAAACAAUUUAGACCCAAUGCAGAACCAAAUUUACCAGAUUUAGACGAUUUUCUAAGAGAACAAUACAAUCCCAGCCCAAAGGGCAAACCAGAGUCUGCUGUGCCCAGCUUGACAACUUCAACAACACCCAGAACCAUAAAAACUAUCAAAAUUGAGGACUUACCACCUGUAGCUGUACUCAAUGUCAACAAGCCGGUCCAUGAACAAUUUCUACAACCACUCACUCCAAAUGCCGCCGCUGAUCAGAGACCCAUUAAAACAUUGCAUGUUGAUAAUAUACUACCGAGUUCGGUGCCUGAUACGGACCGCUACGAACGAACCAAAGUGCAGACGCUUACGAAAACCAUUACUGGUAAUCAAAUACCAACAGCUGCCGAUUUAGAUCCUAAAAUGUUGGAUAUGUUACAACGUGCUGGUAUAAAACCGGAAGACAUUGCCAAAGCAGAUGGUCAAACAAUAACCAAGACCCGUACGGAACCCGAUGGUCGUAUCGUGACGACUACAUAUCACAUAAAGCGAACGAAUCAUGGUCAAAAUCCUGAACCUUCUUCCUUCUUUUUACCCAGAGACUGGCGUAGAACAUUUGAAAUACCGCCUUCACGUAAUCAUAAGAGCGCUAGCCAUUUUGGCGUCGAUUUCUCGCCUUUUAUUGCUGGCUCUGUUGGAGCUACCAUCACCACCUCAACCACUGCGCGGCCAUUGAUACGCGACCGUGAGCCUUUGGAGCCACAAGUUGAGGACGAUGAAGUAGCUGCCACUUUGAAUCCUUUACUCAUACAUCCAGUACAACCGGCCGUUUCCGCCAGUGCCAAAAGUCCUAUCGCGGAUUUUUUGGCUAAAUUUGGUUUAUCGGUGGCUGAUGUGAACGCCAACAGAGGCGAAUAUGUCAAAACAAUUGUCGAUCCGGAUGGCAGUGUACUAACGGCUAGAUUUAGGCUAACUGGUAAAAUUGCUCACUCUUUCAAAUAGUAGUUAGAAAUUAGUCUAUAUUAUUUGAUUGAAUAAAAUAUUUUUACGAUAUAAAAAAUUAGAAGAAA